CUCCUUUACUCAUUUGCCUGAUAUUGUCCUUAUAUCUUUCUGAGCUUAGAAAAAUGGCUAUCGUGGCGACCCUCCCGGGCCUCAAUCUCUUCUCUUCUCCUUCUUCAAACCGUCGCAUUGUUAAUGAACCCAAUCCAUCUCUACCCCCAUCACCUCCCAUCCCGGUACCCAGAUACUCCAGAACCCUCAAAUCCCAAAAAUCCCAUCGAAGCAAAACUCUUCUUCCUCCUCCUCCACAGUCUGAGAAACCAAAUCCCGCUCUUAAAUCCGUUCAUCACCGCACAAAAUACUACAAGCCAGUCAAGGAUGGAGUAAUUGCAUCGGAAGGUGACCGCUCCGUCGUCAUCGGCGAGUCCGGUUUAUCUUACCUCCUUCCGGGGGCUCCGUUCGAGUUCCAAUUCAGCUAUUCCGAGACUCCGAAGGAUAAGCCCUUGGCCAUUCGAGAGCCUGCAUUCCUUCCAUUUGCUACUCCCACCAUGCCCAGGCCUUGGACUGGAAAGGCUCCGCUCAAGAGAUCCAAGACGAAAAAAAUCCGGUUGUUCGAUUCCUUUAAUCCGCUUCCCCCAGGGACCAAGGAAGUUAAGCAUGUGGAGAUGCCUGGGCCCUUCCCGCUCAAAAAGUUACCCAAAGAAGGCAAGACGAGGAAGGAGAUAGUUGGAGAGCCUCUUACCAGAGCGGAGGUUCAAAUGCUUGUUAAACCUCACUUGUCUCAUAACCGCCAGGUGAAUCUUGGGCGGGACGGGUUAACCCAUAACAUGCUGGAGCUCAUUCAUACGCAUUGGAAGCGGCAGCGCGUUUGUAAGGUUCGAUGCAAAGGUGUUCCUACCAUUGAUAUGGAUAACGUUUGCCGCCAUCUUGAGGAAAAAACUUGGGGCAAAAUCAUUCAUCGAGUUGGUGGUACUGUUUAUCUUUUCCGUGGCAGAAACUAUAACUACCGAACUCGCCCACAGUACCCAAUAAUGCUCUGGAAGCCAGCUGCUCCUGUUUAUCCAAAACUUAUCCAGGAAGCUCCAGCAGGAUUGACAAAAGAAGAAGCAGACACCUUGCGAACAAAAGGAAAGAAGCUGCUGCCUAUUUGUAAACUAGCCAAAAAUGGAGUGUACAUUAACCUAGUAAAGGAUGUCAGGGAUGCUUUUGAAGGAAGCCCUAUGGUGAAGAUCAACUGCACAGGGAUGCAUGCAAGUGAUUAUAAAAAGAUAGGUGCCAAACUUAAGGAACUAGUUCCUUGUGUUCUAUUGUCUUUUGAUGAAGAACAGAUAUUGAUGUGGAGGGGGAAAGACUGGAAACCCAUGUAUCCUGAAGCUCCUUCAGUUGCAGAAAUUCACCCAACUGAUAAUAGCACUGCAUCUAGCUUGGAUGGUUCAGGCAAGCCAGAGGAAGCAAGUUACGAACCGGCCAUCAAAACAGAGAUCUCAAACCCCCGAAUGAUGUCCCUGUGGAAACGUGCAAUAGAGUCCAGGAAGGCACUUUUGUUGGAGGAUACUGGACUUGGUCCUGAUGCUCUUUUGGAGAGAGUUGAGGCAUUUGUGGGCAUGUCACAAGCCAAAGAACACUCAUAUCCAGCGUUGAUUGUGUCAAGCGCUUGUGAUGCCACUGAUUCAAGUAAGGAGCUAACAGAUGGAUCUACGCUUGAGGGCAGAGAAGGUAACGAUCAUGACGAAAAUGACAUUGGUGGAGACGAGGAAUUUGAUGGUGACUUCUCUGAUGAGAUAGAGUCAUCAUCUGUGGAUCUGAUCAAACAGCAACUCAGUUCAGAAUGAAAGUGGUUGAGGAAUUCCUUAUCAUACAUGUCGAUGGGGGAUAGAUUU